ACGAGGAAGAAGAAGACGAACACAGCUGCCAACCCAUAGACAUAUAUAUGUCUAUGUGCCAACCGCUAACCAAGCCACGGUAGCCACCAUUUCUCCCGGCAGCAGGGGUCCUUCUGUAUGACACGAACGAAAGUCUGUUGGUUCAGAGGGAAUGAUGUCUGGAACAGGGGGAGGGAAGCGUGCAGCAGGGCUUGGGGGGGACAGUCCUCCUGGACCUCCUGAAAAGAAAGGGAAAAAAGAGGAGAAAACCACUACCACACUGAUCGAACCAAUUAGGAUUGGCGGAGUGUCCUCAACGGAAGAGAUGGACAUGAAAGUUCUGCAGUUUAAGAAUAAAAAACUAUGUGAGCGUCUGGAGCAGAGGCAGGCCAUGGAAGAUGAGCUUCGUGAGAGAAUUGAGAAGCUGGAAAAGCGGCAGGCCACAGAUGAUACAACACUUCUUAUUGUCAAUCGCUACUGGAGCCAGUUGGAUGAAAAUGUUCAGAUCUUACUCCACCAAUUUGACCCUGUGGAAACUCUGCCUGCUGAUCCUACCCCUGGCCCUGAGGAAAAUGACAGUGGACAACUCCACCCUGAGCCACCAGAGGAAGAGAAGGCCUGUAAUGCUGAGAGAGCAGGGGGUGACUUGCAGCAGGAUGGCACUUCUGGCCUGAUGGCUCCCCCUGCUCCACUGAGUGACAGUGCAAAGUCCUUCCUCUGUACGCUGGGCAGUAGCAGUGAGGAGGAGCUUAGUCUGCAACUGCAGGACAAAAUGCAGUUUAGCAAGGUGGCUGUGGCCCGUGUCAGCUGCGUCUUCGACCAGUUGCACCAUAAAAUUGAGGACCUCUGUGCCCGCAUUCAGACUACUGUUUUUCAGGAUGACAGUCAAAGCGAGAUGCUUUCUCUGAAUCGCAUGCUCCUGGAUGAGAACGUUAGGCUGCAGGACCUGUCUGCAUCCCUGCAGGGUCGACAUCACAAAAUGUCCCUAGAGUAUAAUGAGCUGGUGGACAAGGUAAUGAGUUCAGAGACCAAAGUUUCUGAAAUGGAGACGACUGUGGAGGAUCUGCAAUGGGACAUUGAAAAACUUCGUAAGAGGGAGCAGAAGCUCAACAAGCACUUGGCUGAAGCCUUGGAACAGUUGAAUUCUGGGUACUACACCUCUGGCAGUUCAGGGGGUUUACCUGGAGGACAAAUCACACUCAACAUACAGAAGUUUGAGCUCUUGAAUGCAGAGCUGGAGCAAAACCAAGAACUGGCCAAUAGCCGAAUGGCAGAGCUGGAGAAGCUGCAGCUGGAGCUUCAGGAGGCUGUGAGGGAAAGUGAGAAGCUGAAGAUGGACUUAAGAAACAUCCCUGAGGAGGUGGUGAAGGAGACUCCGGAGUACAAGUGCCUUCAGUCACAGUUCUCCCUACUGUACAACGAGUCUCUUGGAGUGAAGACCCAGCUGGAUGAGGCCCGAGCACUGCUGCUUACAGCAAAAAAUGCUCAUCUGAGACAGAUUGAACACAUGGAGAGUGAUGAACUUUCCCUCCAGAAGAAGCUACGCACAGAAGUUAUCCAGCUAGAAGACACCCUGGCCCAGGUCCGAAAGGAGUAUGAAAUGCUAAGGAUUGAAUUUGAGCAGAACUUGGCUGCCAACGAGCAAGCGGGCCCCAUCAACAGGGAGAUGCGUCACUUGAUCAGCAGUCUACAGAAUCACAACCACCAACUGAAGGGAGAUGUGCAGCGUUUCAAGAGAAAGCUACGAGAGACUCAGAUGGAGAUAAAUAAGUUACGUUGCCAGAGUGGGGAGAUUGGGGUUUCGAUGUCAGAAGAGAUGGGGAGUGAUGGAGGCAUGGAUGUGAAGAAGGAGGAAGAUGAAGAACAGGAAGAGGAGGAGGAAAGGAGGAGGGAACUGGAGAGACAACGGGCUCGAGAAAGAGAGAGGGAGGCAGAGAGAGAACGAGAGAGGGAGCGAGAGAGAGAGCGAGAGCGACUGCGAAGUGAGGAGCUGAAGAGGAAAGACUCUGACACAUUGAAGUUACUGAGGGCUGAACUGAAGAAAGCACAAGAGUCCCAGAAAGAGAUGAAACUGCUUCUGGACAUGUACAAAUCAGCACCCAAAGAGCAGAGGGACAAAGUGCAGCUCAUGGCUGCUGAGCGGAAGUCCAAAGCAGAGGUGGAUGAGUUGAGAGGACGAGUGCGAGAGCUGGAGGAGAGGGAGAGAAAGGAGAGCAAGAAGUUGGCGGAUGAAGAUGCCCUCAGGAAAAUCCGUAUGGCAGAGGAGACCAUUGACCACCUACAGAAGAAGCUGGCAGCUACAAAACAGGAAGAGGAAGCUCUGCUCAGUGAAAUGGAUGUUACUGGCCAGGCCUUUGAAGAUAUGCAGGAGCAAAACAGCCGGCUCAUGCAACAGCUGAGGGAGAAGGAUGAUGCCAACUUCAAACUGAUGAGCGAGAGGAUCAAAUCCAAUCAGAUCUACAAGUUGCUGAGGGAGGAGAAGGAGGACCUGGCAGACCAGGUCCUGACCCUCAAAACCCAAGUGGAUGCCCAGCUGCUAGUUGUGCAAAAACUGGAGGAGAAGGAGGGGGUACUCCAGAGCUCUCUGGCAGCAUUGGAAAAAGAACUUGGACUCCGGACACAAGCACUAGAACUCAACAAGAGGAAGGCUGUCGAGGCAGCACAGCUGGCAGAGGACCUGAAGGUGCAGCUGGAGCACACCCAAGCUAAACUUCGGGAGAUCCAGGCUUCUGUAUUGGAUAACCGCAUAGCCCGUGAGAGGGAGAGCUUCAACCUGAAGAAAGCACAGGAGGACCUGUCCAGGCUACGUCGAAAGCUGGAGAAACAAAAGAAAGUGGAGGUGUACACAGAUGCUGAUGAAAUUCUGCAGGAAGAGAUCAAUCAGUACAAGGCAAAGCUGCGCUGCCCCUGUUGUAACACACGGGACAAAGAGACUGUUCUGACCAAGUGCUUUCAUGUUUUCUGCUACGAAUGUCUGAAGACACGCUACGACACUCGGCAGAGAAAAUGCCCCAAGUGCAAUGCUGCCUUUGGAGCCAAUGAUUUCCACCGAAUUUACAUCACUUAAUGCAAAUAGCAAAGAAGUAUCAAUGGAUACAAUAGAAUAGAGAAGAAGUGGCAGAAGAUUAGGAUAGGGGGAGAGGGCAUACGUUUCUCCACAUACAGUUUCUGCAUAACUGACAGUAAAUGUGCUGAAAGGGAGGAGUGCAGCCAGUGAGAACCAGUGCCUCAAUAGGCCCAUGGUUCUGCAAGUGGCCGAUUAAUUGAAACAACGGCUUUUAAAAAAAUUUUUUUUUUUUUUUUUUUUUUUUUUUUUUUAAUAGAAGCAAGACAUUGGUGAUAUUGACUUUUAAGGGGCAUUGUAUCCUCUCUUUAUUUUACUAAUUUCAGCUGUGUGGAAUCUGCUAGUUCUUUGGGUUGUUUUUUUUUUUUUUAAUAAAGAGAAUGAAGGUGCUACUGCCAUGUUUGUUACUGUACCCAGUUAAAAUAAAUAAAUAAUUAAUUCGUCCUCCAACUGUUAGAAUAAAAAUGGUGUAUAGAAUGAGCUGAUUUUGGUCAGAUAACGGACAUCAUAAAACACAUAUUACAAAUAUUGAUAUAACCUGUCCAAGUUCACAUCUGAGGAGAAUAAAUAUUUUUUUCUGACUGAAGUUGUAGUCAUGUUAUAGAAUUAGGCCUAUGCUUCUCCAUACUUAAAAGAACAUGCUUUCUGUAUUUAUUUGGUAAUAUUUAAGUUUUAGUAUGCUUUUGAUUGGCCCAGAUAGUUUUGGUGCGAAGGAUAUUUUAGAUACAGUACUGGCCAAAAGUAUUAGGCCACCUGUAGUUUGGGGGGGGGGGGGGGGACUUUAGGUAGAGAAUUCAGUUAAUAUGCACAUUUGUCGAAUUGUUAUUAAAAUGUGUCUAAGAUUAUGUUCAAGUAAAGUAAUCUUUUUGUGUUGUUAUUAGUAGAAAUUGAAAAAAAGAUUUAUACUUUAAUUUGUUAACCGAAGUACAGUACAAAUGUGUUUUGUCUUUCUACCCACAAUGACAUAUGACUUUUACUUAAUCUUAGAUAUGAAUCCUCAAAAUAGCCUUCUAUGGCUUUAAUUACAAUUCCAUUACUUAUUGGAAGGCGGUCCAAUCAUUUUGCAAAGUGGGAGGUGGAGGGGUAAUUAAAUUGAGUUAAAUCUUAUCUACCUUAAGUUUUUUUAAUUUUUUUUUUAGGCUGAUACCUUUAGACUGUAGUGCACUAAAGGUGCAACAAAUAUGGCAAAGGAGAGAGAGUUUGGCUUAGAUGUGUGGGGCCAAGUAAACGUUGUGGCACAAGGUUAUACCCAGUGAGAAAUUGCAAAGAAGCUUAUGAUUGCCAGGUGCAGUGUUCAGUACACACUCAGAAGGUUCCAGGUGGUUGGCAGUUUCAGUAAAUUUAACAACCCCUCCCACCCCAUUUGCAAAAUGAUUGGGUAGACUUUCAGUAAUUGAGUUGUAAUUAAUUCAAUUUUGUAGAAAGUCUUGUCUAAGAUCCUUAAGUAAUACUCAUCUUUUUGUGUUAUUGUAAGUGGAAAUUGGGGGGGGGGGGAGAAGUGUUUAUACUUUGGUUUGUUAUUCAAUAAAUCCACAUAUUACUUGAA